UUUAGUCAGAAGCUGAUUUGUGAUUUGAGAUGGCGACAGAGCAGAGCGGAUUAGAAGAUCAGGAGAGCCAACCAAACCAAGUGGCUCCUGGUUUUGUAGGAGCAAUUGAAGAACAAUACAAGAAACUCAGAGAUCACGCCGAAGCUUAUCCAUAUGUUUGGGGUUCUUAUACUGUUGUCUACGGAGGUCUUUUCCUUUGGACAGCUUAUAGAUGGAGGAAGCUGAGGAGAACCGAGGACCGUGUUCGUGGUCUUCAGGCAAAACUUAGGAAACUCGUCGAAGAUGAACAAGCAGCAGUAACUGCCUCUAAAUCUGCUCAAUCAGUGGACAAGUCUUCUUCAGUUUCCGACAAGACAAUGCCUUAAUUUAUAGUAGUUUAUAAUCAAAACCAUUGUCUCUGUUAGACUUAUGACGAGGUUAGUUUCUUCCAACCGAAUCGAUAUUCCUGGGGUUACUCUGUUUUGUUACAAUGCUUUUUGUUAUUUACCCGCAAAGAGUUUUAUACAAAGUCAAAUUCAUGUACAUGACUGAAGAAGAGAAAACGCUGAAAAGUCAUUUAAGCUUUGUCGUUCUAGCUGACUGAGACUCCAACAAGU